CGCUGUUGCUUUUAAACGAGAGCGGGAAGCUUCACUUCUUCACUCCGAGCGGAGAGUUUGGUGCUUUAACAUCACUUAACUUCACAGGUCGCGACCAAAAAUGGUGAGAACUAAAGCCGACAGUGUUCCCGGAACAUACAGAAAAGCUGUUGCAGCGACGGCACCCCGGAAGUCUCUGGGCUCCAGUGCAGCCAACUCCUCGGCCUCCUCCAGCAGCCAGGCAGCCACACCUGCAAAGAGCAAAUACGCUGGCGGUAACCCAGUGUGUCCCCGUCCCACCCCGACCUGGCAGAAGGGCAUCGGGGACUUCUUCGGUGGUCCCAGCAGGAAGCCGGAGAAGGAGAACCGUCAGCCUGAGGAGGUGGAUGAUGAUGAAGAGGCCGGAGGCAGCGGGAUGUCACAGACCAGCAGGAAGUCCCGGCCGCUGCCUGCUGAUGAAGACGAUGAUGAAUGAAUGAAUCUGCUGAGACUCACUCAGCGACGUUUUUAAUGUACAUCUGUAUAUAAUUUCUACUGAAUUCACUUUGUAUAGUUCAUUAAACGUUUUGUGUUUUUAA